GAUUCUUUCCGUAAUCCUGCGCCGGUGGAAUUUUAAAUCCUUUCCCUCGGCGGGCCCUCGAGGAGGCGGAUCAGUGUUCAGAUGAGAUUGUUUACUGGAAAUUGUGCAUUGUUUCUCAGAACGAACAUGGUGGCAUUGUAACACACGUGGGGUGAGCUCGUGUUACAGUGUUACAGAAUGAGCAUUGUUGUUACAUUGUGGCAUUGGCAGCAGUAGUGAGCGGGGCAAUGCACCGGGAUCUGUCGUAAAUAUUCAACAAAUGAUAUAGGAGGAGUCGGUGCGCGUUCUUCUCCAGAUAAAGAGAUGUGGACACGACCUGAAGCGCCGUCGACGGUCCAGACCGGACAUUUGCUCGGUGUCGCGUCGCUUUAUUAAGAAGAGUGAUCUCUUGUAACAGGAUUUGGAUUUUAUCGAUCGGAUUAUGACUGAUCAUCCGCGCAAAGCUCCGUCCACGCGUGUCAAAGAUUGUUUGGUGUUCAGUUAGUUGGCUUGAACUUUAAGAUCGCUGAAAACUCUAAUAGACAUUUUCAUCUGCUCUCGCGCAUAUGCUAAAAUAGUUUGUGGUUGUUGUUUAUUUUUGAAAGAAAGACAUUUGCAUCCACUUUAUAAAGGAUGCACCCAGAAAGCAAUGAUAAAACUGCAGAAGGAGGCAGCGGGACCCCUGUUCCGGAGGUACAAGAGACGGGACACGCCGUCCUGCCCUCUUCCUCUGCAACAAUGCAAAACCCAGAGAACAAAGAGGAAUAUGAGGAAUCGGAGCAUAAAAUUGUCCCGGAGGACAGCACGGUUCAGCUGAUACAGACCGACUGCCCUGAAAAGCGUCCGGCGACGCCGCCCGGCGCGCAACCGGGACGCGGGUUUAUUCCGCCCGAGGGAGGGUUCGGAUGGGUCGUGGUGUUCGCAGCAACCUGGUGCAACGGCUCGAUAUUCGGCAUACAGAACUCGUUUGGUAUUCUGCACGAGAUGUUGGCGAAUGACCACAAGAAUUCCACGGAUCAUACGUCCGAGACGUCCCAGUUUCAAGUGGCGUGGGUCGGAGCUCUGGCGAUGGGAAUGAUAUUUUUCUGCUCUCCUGUGGUCAGCAUGUUUACUGAUCAUUUUGGCUGUCGGAAGACGGCUGUCUGUGGAGCAUUCGUGGCUUUCCUUGGUCUGCUCGCCAGCUCAUUCGCAAACACGCUGGCUCUUCGAUACUUCACAUAUGGAAUACUGUUCGGCUGUGGAUCCUCAUUUGCGUUUCAGCCGUCUCUGGUGAUACUGGGGCAUUAUUUCCGAAAACGUCUGGGGCUGGCCAAUGGCGUCGUGACUGCAGGCAGCAGCCUCUUCUCCAUGGGUCUUCCCGUGCUGCUCGAGAAAGUGGUGAAACCACUGGGCCUCUCCAGAACCUUCCAGACCCUCAGUCUCUUUAUGCUGGUUCAAACGCUGCUGGCUCUUACCUUCCGUCCACUCAUGCCAAGCGGGGUGUGCCCGAUGUCAGGGAUGGGGAUGGAAGGAGGCGCAGCGUCCGGCUCAGAGUCGACAAGCAGGUGGCAAAAGGCCCUGAUGAAAAUUCGAAAGUACUUUAACGUGCGAGUGUUCAGAGUGCUGGCCUACCGGCUGUGGGCAUUCGGCGUCGCCACGGCUGUCCUGGGAUACUUUGUGCCAUACGUACACCUGAUUAAAUUUGUAAAGGAGCAGUUUGGAGAAACUCAGAAAGAGUGGAUUCUGCUCGUAUGUAUCGGAGCUUCGUCUGGGGUCGGCCGACUACUUUUCGGAAAGAUUGGAGACCUCAUACCCGGAGUAAAGAAAAUCUACAUGCAGGUGGCCUCAUUUAUAAUCCUGGGUGUGAUGUCCAUGCUGAUACCUAAGUGUACAGCAUUUGAAGGUCUGGUUGUGGUUCUUAUAUUCAUGGGUCUUUGUGAUGGCUGUUUCAUCACUAUUAUGGCUCCCAUCGCCUUCGAGUUGGUAGGGCCCAUGCAGGCGUCUCAAGCCAUCGGUUAUCUACUCGGUCUGAUGGCCAUACCAAUGACAGCAGGACCACCUAUAGCAGGCCUUCUCCACGACCAUUUCAAGAACUACCACGUGGCGUUUUAUUUGGCCGGUGUUCCGCCGAUGGUCGGGGGCAUUGUGAUGUUUUUUGUGCCUCUGGUGCACCAGCGCAUGCAGAGACGCCGCAAAGAGACGCAUAAUCCGAGUCUGGACAAGAUGCUGAAGACCUGCUCGAAUGGAGAAAUGCUGCCCGGCUACACAGACAUGGAGACACACAUAUGAAGCCCAUAGCCACACAAAGGUACAUCUGAAGAAUAGUUUGGAGGGCUGGAUUAGAUUUUGCAUCCCUGAUUAUUAAUGUGGUCCCUGAAGUUUUUGAAAUACAAAUAAUGCCAAAUACAGCUUUUUGGACUGCCCGAAAGCUGAUGGAUGAAAUGGGAGUCACGGCGAACUGCUGUUUUCUUCUCUGUCUUUCCGUCCCUCUGCAGGGAUUCAUCUCACCAGCACCUGUGGUCUGUGUUUAUGUGACGUAUUUCCUUUUUGCUUGGCUUGAAUUAAAGACAAAGUCUUGAGAUUCCCUCAUGCUCUUCUGUUCUGGGGAGAUCUGCUAAUCCAUCAGAGAAUUCAAAAGCGUCCACCUUCACUGCCAACCCUCCGGUUAACCCACCGAAGAACCUAAGCUUGUAGAUUUCCUCCAAACAAAGAGGGAUUUAACAGCGGCCUCAUGUAGAUCUGGAGUGAAAACCUCAAUAAAUUCAGGACAGAAAGUACUUGAACGCCUUUAAAAGGAAAUUAAAACUUCAAUCAUUAGUGGGCAUUCAAGGCAAAAAGAGAAAUAACCGAGACAAAGAGAUCUUCAAUGGGCUUUAUCUUUCUUUCUAUUCAUUCUGUGCUAGAUAUGCAAAUCCGAUUUGAAUGCAUUCAAUGUUUUCAGACGAUUCUUUCCAUAAAAACCUUCUAUAGCCUAAGGCUGCUUGAAUUUGAUAUUAUGGACACUUUUAUGAGACCAAUGCGUCUUUCUUUGUGCACUUUCUGCUUUGAUAACCUCAGCCGCGUUUUUCUUGCAACGUAUCGCAGCUGUGAAACUUUACAAGGAAUCAUUUUUAUAAGUUUUUUUAAAGCUGUAAUUAUGUUAGCUGAAUUUAGUAUAAUAAUCAGCUAUGCAGUUCACAAACUGUGCCAUGACCGCUGAACCAGACAAGAAUCAGUAUUUCUCUACACCUGGAGCAUCAGGACGUGACUGUUAUAUCCGGGUCAUAUUUCUAAUUAAAAACAAUUCAAUUUGCAUAAAGAAAACGGGCUAAGAUGUUUCGCUUAUAGUGACAUUAUAUUCAUUUCAAAUUCAAACUAUUGUAAUCGAAAAUCAUCCUCAUACAUUUUUUAUUAGCAUAUCAUUAACCAUUAAAUUCAUCUCAUGAUGUCCAUAUACAUAUAAUUUCAAUAUUUUUCUCAACAUGUUUCGCAUAUUUGUUACCAAAUUGUCACAAUGCAGAAGAAAUCCCGUUUUUUUUUCUUUUUAACUCUUUCCCCGCCAUUGACGAUUUAUCUCGUCAAUUAAGAGAAAAACAUUUCCCUGCCAAUGACGCUUUCCUGGCAAGUUAUUAUGGUAAUCUGUAAUUCCGCUAUUAUCCACUAGAUUGCCCAAUUUAUAAAAAACUGAACCAAAAACUAAUUUUACAAAUUUUUAACUCUGUGUAUUUUUUGAUAAUCAUUCUUAAUCUGAUCUCUAACACAAUUCCUUUCCAAAAAUGCAAUUAGUUCAGCGUUUUGCUCAAAAUUUUGUAUUUUUAAAAAAAUUACCCAUUUUUAAGGGGUAAUAAAAAGAGAACAAAUGGAGAUAGGAGGAAACUUUUUUCCCGUUUUGUUUGUUUAAAAGCAGAGUUUGUUCUUUCAUUUGAUAUAUUUGUAUGUUUAUAUAUUUAUAGAAGAACAUUUUACUGGAAGGCAUUUUGUGAAACUCACAAAAAAUGCUUGCGGGCAACUUUAAAAAAAAAAAAGGCUGGCGGGGAAUGAGUUAACCAGGACAUCUUAAAGGGAAAUAUGACCUGAACAUUUAACAGAGCUUCACCUAAUGAUGCAAUCACAACAUUUGCUAGGAAUUUUUUUUUUUUAUCAAAAUAAGCGUGUGGCGUUUUUAGGGCUGCAAAAUGAUUAAUCGCGAUUAAUUGCAUACAAAUUAAAAGUUUUUGUUCACAUCAUAAAUGUCUGUGUAAUAAAAAUGUAUAUAUAAAUACACACAAGUGCAAGUAUAUAUUUAAGAAAUAUUUACAUAUAUAUAAUUAUUAUACACACACAUAUAUGAUGUAAACAAAAACUUUCAUUCUCCAAACGAUUAGUUGCGAUUAAUCGUUUUGCAGCACUAUUUGUUUUCUUUAUUGUUUUGAAGAAAUGAAUGUUUGGUUGUGUUUGUUUUAUCUCAGAAAAGCUCUUUCACAUGUGUUUAUGAUGCUGUAAAACAGCUGGCAUUUUAGUGGAACGACAAUCAAAGUGUGAUAAACUGAUACUAUGAAACACUGUUAUGUUUAUAAAUAGAAAGAAUAGAUUGCUUUGAGCAAGAUAACAUUGUAGUAUUACAUAAAGUGGGUCAUGAUUAUGAGUAUUAACCAGUUACUAUGUGAAAAAAGUGAAAAUUGAAUCAUUUUUGUCAUGUUUUUGACGUAAUGUUUUUGUAUUGAACAUUAACAACACCAUGUUUCGUGUUACAGCAGCUUUUUUCUGUAUUACAUUCAGUCUUUUCCAAAACCUAUUUAGAUUCAAUCAAUGGGACAUCAUAGGACACAGGACAUUAUGUGUGUUACAUCAUCAGCUUGUCAACAUGUUACUGUCAAUCUAUUGGAAACAACUGUUACAUGUAUACAUUAGGAACACUAUUUGUGCUGUGCAUUAAUUGUCUUCAAGCUUACUUGUGAGAGGAUUUGGAACAGAACUGUAGUUUCUUUCUUUUGCACAAAUGUUGUACUUAUAUGUAUGUCAAUUCCCAGAAACCCUUUAACCACCAUACAGUGUCUGUGUUGUCAUGGAGACCGGUCCAUUAGAGUUAAUCAACCUUGGUUCGGGUACAUACUCUGCCUCAGAACUCAUUACAUGGUCUUAGGUCACCUGUUUAUAUAAAACAAAACAAAACAAAAAACAACAGAGAUGGUCACGAUUUUAACCAAACUGCCUCAGUCUACAUCGUCCUUCAGGUCUAACCAGGAAACAUAGCAUUUACACUAGUGUUUAAGUAGGGGAUCUCAUAGAAACUUGUCUAGGUCACAUUUUACAUUUAUUUUAGGACCAUUAAGACUUAGAUUUCGUGGUAAAAUGUGACCUUGUUUUGUGAGAUUCAUUCAACUAGACCAUAAAAGGCACCUCUUCAGAUUAUAGUACUGUGUAAAAUGUGACUAAAAAUGCUUGUUUUUAAUUAUAGAUAACAUGGUUGAUUAAUUGAUUGUCUUUUUUGGAAAAAGACAAAAUCAUGAAUACCUCAGAAGUCUACUUUGGUUUCAUACUUACAUCCUUCCAAACCCGGUGCAUUCAGUGUGAUUUGUCUGUGCUGAUUCAUUGAGUGUGAUUUGUCUGUGCUGAUUCGUUGAAUGUGAUUUGUAUGUGCUGAUUCGUUGAGUGUGAUUUGUCUCUGCUGAUUCGUUGAAUGUGAUUUGUUUGUGCUGAUUCAUUGUUUGUGCUGAUUCAUUUAGUGUGAUUUGUCUGUGCUGAUUCAUUGUAUGUGCUGAUUGAUUAAGUGUGAUUUGUCUGUGCUGAUUUAUUGAGUGUGAUUUGUCUGUGCUGAUUCACUGAGUGUGAUUUGUCUGUGCUGAUUGAUUGAGUGUGAUUUGUCUGUGCUGAUUCACUGAGUGUGAUUUGUCUGUGCUGAUUGAUUGAGUGUGAUUUGUCUGUGCUGAUUCACUGAGUAUGAUUUGUUUGUGCUGAUUCACUGAGUGUGAUUUGUUUGUGCUGAUUCAUUGUCUGUGCUGAUUCACUGAGUGGGAUUUGUCUGUGCUGAUUCACUGAGUGGGAUUUGUCUGUGCUGAUUGAUUGAGUGUGAUUUGUCUGUGCUGAUUGAUUGAGUGUGAUUUGUCUGUGCUGAUUGAUUGAGUGUGAUUUGUCUGUGCUGAUUGAUUGAGUGUGAUUUGUCUGUGCUGAUUCAUUGAGUGUGAUUUGUCUGUGCUGAUUCACUGAGUGUGAUUUGUCUGUGCUGAUUCAUUGAGUGUGAUUUGUCUGUGCUGAUUGAUUGAGUGUGAUUUGUCUGUGCUGAUUCAUUGAGUGUGAUUUAUCUGUGCUGAUUGAUUGAGUGUGAUUUGUCUGUGCUGAUUCAUUGAGUGUGAUUUGUCUGUGCUGAUUGAUUGAGUGUGAUUUGUCUGUGCUGAUUCAUUGAGUGUGAUUUGUCUGUGCUGAUUCAUUGAGUGUGAUUUGUCUGUGCUGAUUCACUGAGUGUGAUUUGUCUGUGCUGAUUCACUGAGUGUAAUUUGUCUAUGCUGAUUCAUUGAGUGUGAUUUGUCUGUGCUGAUUCAUUGAGUGUGAUUUGUCUGUGCUGAUGCAUUGAGUGUGAUAUGGUUGUGCUGAUUCAUUGAGUGUGAUUUUUAUUUGUGCUAAUUCAUUGAGUGUGAUUUGUCUGUGUUGAUUCAUUGAGUGUGAUUUGUCUGUGCUGAUUCAUUGAGUGUGAUUUGUCUGUGCUGAUUCAUUGAGUGUGAUAUGUUUGUGCUGAUUCAUCGAGUGGGAUUUGUCUGUGCUGAUUCAUUUAGUGCGAUUUUGUCUGUGCUGAUUCAUUGAGUGUGAUUUGUCUGUGCUGAUUCAUUGUUUGUGCUGAUUCAUUGAGUGUGAUUUGUCUGUGUUGAUUCAUUGAGUGUGAUUUGUCUGUGCUGAUUCAUUGAGUGUGAUUUGUCUGUGCUGAUUCAUUGAGUGUGAUUUGUCUGUGCUGAUUCAUUGAGUGUGAUUUGUCUGUGCUGAUUCAUUGAGUGUGAUUUUGUCCGUGCUGAUUCAUUGUUUGUGCCAAUUCAUUGAGUGUGAUUUGUCUGUGCUGAUUCAUUGAGUGUGUUUUGUCUGUGCUUAUGCAUUGAGUGUGAUAUGGUUGUGCUUAUUCAUUGAGCGUGAUUUGUUUGUGCUGAUUCACUGAAUGUGAUUUGUCUGUGCUGAUUCGUUGUCUGUACUAAUUCAUUGAAUUACUACAAAUUACACUGAUUCAUUUAGCAUUUGUCUGUGAUAAUUCAUUGAGUGUGCUGAUUCAUUGAAUGUGAUUGUUCUUUGCUGAUUCACUGAGUGUGAAUCAUGCUUUUCCUCUACCUCAGUGGUCCUCAACUCCAGUCCUCACCUCUACCCUCCCAGAAUGUUUUAGAUGUCUCCAAAAUUGUUUCAAACGUUUCAAACAUUCGGGAAAGAGCCUUAUGAGUGAAAUCAGAUGUUUCAUAUACAGAGACAUCUAAAACAUUCUGGGCGGGAAGGGGGUGAGGACUGGAGUUGAGAAUCACUGCCCUACCUGAACAGCAUGUGAUUAUCUUCUGACGAUAGCAAGCCCUAAACAUGUAAUCAUUGCUCUGUAGUUUUUUCUUAUGGUUAUUAUCAAAAAUCUUGAGCGUUUCUUUGUGCCAUUUUUGACUGUAUGAUGUAUGAUUUUCUAUAUUUGUGAAAGGCAAGGAAAUGGAGACAGACAGACAGAGAGUGAGAUUGUGUGUUUAAUUAACAGCAUUUAUUUUCCCUAUAGUUAAACUUUCAGAAACUCAGGGAGUACAGACACUUUUCUUUCAUGCUGGUUUCAUAAAUCUCUGUUAGAUAGGCGAGAUUAAGAAAGUUACAUUUCGACCAAAAAAAUCAUGACGGUUAAGUAAUACCCUCUUACCCCUCCAAAAAUUUCAGUGUAACAUGUCCAAAAGAGGUGAAAUAUGUUCAUGACAAAGUUUUGAGAGAUUCACCCUCUCAGUUAUUUCAAGUGCUCUUGUCAUGAAUAUGGAGCACUGGCUCACGGCAUUUAAGUCUUCCAUUUUAUAUAUGUAUUCCAGUUUUAGCCAAAAUUGCUUAUGGAGCGUGUCUAUGUCUAUAUUAUUUUGCUCAGAUUUUGGUUUGAUUCGUGCUGAUCCUCUACACAUUUAACGUAUCCACCAUUAACUCUCCGUGAUCAUUAAAAAUGAUGUCACCACAUUAGCCUUUAGCCACAACAAAUAUUUUUCUUUUUAUGCACUUAUAUCAAGGCCACAUUAUGUUACAUGAACGGUGCAACAACCUUCAUUUUUUUAUGUUGUGCAAACUUUAUAAAGGUCUCUUUAGCUUGGCUCUGACUUUCUAAUCAAUAGUUCAGUCUGAUCUCUUAUUUUCUGAUCAUGUGCCUGCACACAAAAUACUUGCAAACAGUGCAAAGUUACAUUUCCACAAAACUUCUCAAUUAUGCCGUUUACCGUUUUCAAAACUACUACAAGUGUACUUGCAUGAAAGUACAUUUCUUAUUGUAUGCAUAAACCAGAGUUAACCUCCAGAUGAUGCAUUUAGGCACUUUGACCUCUUGUAUAAACCUUUACUUGGUCUCACCUGGUGCUCAUGUUACUAUGGCAACAUUUCACUCAAAGUGACAUCAUCUACUUCAUAUACAGGCUUCAAAAACACAUAAAGGUUAUAAACCAUCAUAAAUUGUCAGUAAAUUACAGCAGGUAAUUUAUGAAAUUGUCUGGUUUUUGUAUUUUUUCUUUACCCAACUGUAGCACUUGUUUUCUAAGCUAUCAUUGUAAAAUAUCACCAAUUUAAAGGAUUAUUGAAGCUAAGCUGCUAGAAAUGUGUCAUUCUGAGUUUAUGUAGAAAAUAUUUUUUGAUCCUGUAAUGUUGUUUUGUAUUCAACCACCAAUAAACAUACUAUACAUACCAAA